GUUUACUAAACCCAAUCAACGCGUGGUAUUGGACGGUUGUGGCGCCCCGUUAACAAACGUCUCGACGCGACCGUCAGUCAUUAUCAAAUAAGUUUCCGCGUGAUACGGACACGAUACGCUCCCGAACUCUUCAAACGCGACCAUGUCCCUUCUUCAUACCUGCUGCUGCUGGGCACCUAGAUCGUAAAUAUUUUCGGACAGUUUUAUAGACCCCUGGCACGUGCCAGUACGACUUAGUGUUUGUUGUGUUUUAACAGUGCCCAAAUUUAUGACUUCAGUGCAUAUGAUCAUGUACUUGGUGUUUCUAGUGCACUUCUUAUAACUAGCUGAUUAAUUGAACUUUAGCGAUGAGUUCGUACCAAUUCGUCAACUCUCUGGCCCAGUGCUACGGCCAACAGGGCAGACCUGGUGCCGAGCAAAAUCACCAAGGAGCAGCUCCCGGUAGUGAUUACUACAACCCUAAUGCCGCGGCCGCUGCAAGUUAUCCUCCGGCGUGCUACUCGCCGCCGCAAGUCGGUCCCCAAUAUCCUCCACAUCCUUACGCCACCCCGGCUUCGGGCCACAGCAUUCAACCCACUAUGGGAGACUACACUCAACUCCAGCCCCAAAGACUCAAUCCCAACACCCACAUGCAUCAUGCAAGUCCCGGUGGACAGAGCCCCGGCAUGUUAAACCCUUCGACUAGUUGCAAAUACGCGGAUUCCACCUCUUCGACGGGGGUGGCAUCUCCACAGGAUCUCAGCACCAGUGGCCCGCCAAACAGGAGCACACCGCCACUUGCGAGUGCAGGAAAUAGCGGCAGUAACGCAACAAUCACUUCGAAAAGUUCAGGACUUACUUCGCCGCUAUCCGUAAGCACAUCUCCACCAGGAAAACAGGCCACUGGAAGCUCGACGGCUUCGCAGAAUCUCUCUUCACCGGCUUCGAGUACAAGUUCCACCUCCAGCAACGAAAAGUCAGGAAACAACAAUAAUUCCAAGAGCGGAUCGUCUGGAAAUCCACCGCAAAUUUACCCGUGGAUGAAGCGAGUUCAUUUAGGACAAAGUACUGUAAAUGCCAACGGAGAGACUAAGCGGCAAAGGACCUCCUACACACGCUACCAAACCCUGGAGCUGGAGAAGGAGUUCCAUUUCAACAGGUACCUGACGAGGAGAAGACGCAUCGAGAUCGCGCACGCGCUGUGCCUGACGGAGCGACAGAUCAAAAUUUGGUUCCAGAAUCGCCGGAUGAAGUGGAAAAAGGAACACAAGAUGGCCAAUUUCCAUUUGGCGUCCUUGCAGGACGAAGGAUACGCAUUCCACCAGGCCAUGGGGAUGGGAGGUAUGGGGCCCAUGCAGCGCGGCCUCUACGCCUGCGGAAGUCCGUAUAGCUAGCCCUGGGCCACCUACAACGGAGACUGCGGCCCAUCUUAGG